CUUCCAUUAAUUUGCUCCCUCGAUUUCUCCGUCUUCCUUUUUAGCGUAUAAAAAUAAUCGAGCAGAGCCAGAAAUCAGUUUCGAAACCCUUGUUUCUAGAUCCGAUCUCCACUCUCUGAGAACAUGGCAAGUGCACUACUCCCCUCAAGCUGCACAUUUAGAACCAAUCCUCGAAGCGUGCGGCCCACAAGUGCGCUUUUCAAGAACCCGGUUUCAGUGGGGCCCGUAAAGAGCGUAUCAAGAGCUUUCGGGCUGAAAUCGAAGCCCAAUUUCAGGGCAUCCGCAAUGGGGGCCACAUACAAGGUGAAGUUGAUCGGAUCGGACGGUGAAGAGUGCGAGUUCGAAGCACCGGACGAUGCUUACAUCCUCGACUCUGCUGAGUCAGCGGGGGUUGACCUGCCCUACUCGUGCAGGGCAGGUGCGUGCUCCACCUGUGCUGGCAAGAUGGUGUCGGGCUCUGUCGACCAAUCGGACGGCUCGUUUCUUGAUGAUCAACAAAUGAAGGAGGGGUACUUGCUCACGUGUGUGUCGUACCCUACUUCGGAUUGCGUCAUCCACACUCACAAGGAGAGUGAUCUCUAUUGAGUGAGCAUCUAUCUAAUUAGGGUUUGUCGGACUAGUUGCAAUAAAAUGUUGACGGUUUUUGCCCGUUGAAUGAGAAUAUAUUAGGUCGUUUAAUUCGGAUGUUUGGUUCUACAUUUCAUGGCUCUUCGUAAACUACUACUUUGGUUUCGGUAUCUGCAGAUACGAAUUUCGUUUUCGCUUCUCUGAAAGUAAGUUGUAUAAGCUUUUUCUAAAUUUGAAGCACUUUUAUAAAAGUGUUUGUGUGGCUUUUAUCUA